AUGCAUGGUUGCCAUUGCAUCGGUACCUUGUUCAUCGCUAUAGUAACCUGUCAAUACGAAGUACUUUACGGUGUUCAUCUCUCUUCUCUCAUCUUUGAUACAUCCAUGGUGGCAUCGGUCACAGCAACGGCAAGGUUGAAGAAAGAUUAUGCGAAAUUAUUGAAAGAGCCGGUGCCAUUUGUUCGCGCGGCACCCUUGCAGGAGAACAUUCUUGAAUGGCAUUACAUCAUAUAUGGAGCGCCGAACACUCCAUACGAAGGAGGUGUUUAUCAUGGCAAACUGGUGUUCCCAAAUGACUUUCCCUUCAAACCUCCUUCUAUUUAUAUGAUUACACCUAGUGGACGGUUUCAAGUGAAUACUAGACUUUGCUUGUCAAUUUCUGAUUUCCAUCCUGACACUUGGAAUCCUGCAUGGACGGUUUCCACGAUUAUCACUGGUCUAUUAUCAUUCAUGAAUGACACAGCUCCUACAUUGGGAAGUAUCACAUCAUCAGAUGCAGAGAAGAGAAUACUCGCUCGACGUAGUAAAACAUUUAACCUGAAGGAUCGAGUGUUUUGCGAUUUGUUCCCUGAUGUAGUCGAGGACAUCAAGAAAGACCUAAGCGAAACCAGCACAGCGGAAGAAGCAACUUUGAGAGAAGAGGAGGAACGUUUGCGAAGUGCCGCCGAGCCGUCAUCUGGCCUUUCGUCGCUCAUGUCGAAUCUAAUUGUGAUUGCAGGCGUCGUGUCAUUCUCUCAUUUUCAUGCCGAAUGUACGGUUUCACAGAUGCCUCAGAAUGUGAAAUUAGUUGUAAUAUAUCCUGAAGCUGAUAUGUUCUCUCCGUUAAUCCAGAAAACAUGUGCUUGGUUCUACUGAAGAGAAAGCGAUCCUUCUUACUAAUGUCUGCACUCAUCGACUGGUGUCUUUUCUCUGUAGGCAGAGCGAUUAUAUUGUACUGAAACAAAGUUAUGCGAAUAUGAUAGUGAAUAAACAUUUUUCCUUUAUCUCUGAG